AUGCCUGCAAGUCCCGAUGGCUCGACGGAUCGGCUACGAGGCGAACCUCUCGACGUCAACGACAGCAAGGACGGAGGCAAGGUAUCAUGGGGCUCAUUAUUCGCCUUCACGACUCGACAGCAUACCGCUAUCAUAGUCGUUGCGCUCUUCGCGACCCUGGUAUCUGCUCUGUUGAAGCCCGCGUCGUCUAUCUUCUUCGGCAAGAUUUUCUCGGUGUUGACGAAAUUUGGACUGGGGACUCUGAACGGGCAGGAGACCAUCGAUGGGAUCAAAGGGUGGUGUAUUGCGCUUGUUGCGCUCGGCGGGGUGGCAUGGGUGGCAGAGGGUGCAUUUCUUGGCCUGUGGAUGGUGUUUGGAGAACUACAGGCAAAGAGUGCGCGCGAGCAGCUGUUUAUAGGGAUGCUGAACAAGGAGAUGGAGUGGUAUGAUCUUCGGCAGGAUGGUAUCGGUUCGUUUCUGAUCCGUAUACAAACACAAAUCCGAGAGCUACAGUUGGCAGUGUCCCAGCCGAUGGGCUUCCUCGCCUACGAGAUCUUCGGCUCCUGUGCGGCUCUUGGACUCGCAUUCUAUUACUCCUGGAAAUUGACUCUCGUCGUCAUCUCGACAUUUCCGCUUGCAGGCGUUCUACUCUUUUUUGUUUCGAUGCAACUCGGUCCUGCGAUCGAGGCCCAAAAGCGCGAACUUACCAAAGCAUCGAAAUAUGCGAAUACGGCCAUCACAGCCAUUAACACGGUCAAGGCAUACAAUGGGCAGGACCAGGAAGUUUGGCAGUACUGCGAAACCAUCAAGAAUGUUGCAAUCAGCUAUCUGAUACAGGCGCGGUGCAAUGCGUUGCAAUUCGGCAUCACCAAGUUCGUGAUGGUUGCCCUCUUCGUUCAAGGGUUUUGGUUUGGUCUCGUGUUGGUCAAGCAGGGUGUGGAUCCCGGUGGGAUCCUGACGACCUUUUACUCCUGCUUGGCGGCUAUGCAAGCGGUGGAAACAAUUCUGCCGCAGUGGCUAGUCUUGAGGAAGGGCAUGUCAGCCGGACAGACCUUGAAGGCCAUCAUGUCACAGAUGGAGAAUGGGAGAGCCGUGACACGCAUGGCUGGUAUCUUCAGGCCCGAGACUUGCGAAGGCGAUAUUGAAAUCAAAGGGGUAUCCUUUGCAUAUCCAUCGAAUCUGCAGCAAAUCGUCCUGGAAAAUGCUUCCUUUUUUUUCCCAGCUGGCGAAACAACUUGGAUCGUAGGAGCCAGUGGUUCCGGCAAGAGCACAUUAAGCAACCUGAUCUUAAAAUAUUAUGAGCCUCUACGAGGGCAAGUUCUCAUCGACGGGAACUCGGUUCAAACUCUAGAUUCGGACUGGCUUCGACAAAAUGUUACGUUAGUCCAACAACAAAGCGUGCUCUUCAACGAGACAAUCCUCCAAAACAUCGAGUUCGGAAGAAGCGCGCCUGUCACCCGAGCAGAUAUUUUGCAAGCGACUAAGACCGCCGACCUCGAGCAAACCCUCUACAAUCUCCCAGAUGGUCUCAAUACGGUCGUUGGAUCAAAUGGAAAGUCUCUGAGUGGUGGUCAGCAACAGCGAAUCGCGCUCGCCAGAGCCAGACUUCGCGAUUCCCCCAUUGUUAUUCUAGAUGAGGCGACAAGCGCGUUGGAUCAGACGAGCAGAGAGAAAGUCACGCAGACAGUGCGAGAGUGGCGAAAGGGCAAGACGACUAUUGUGAUUACGCACGACGUUACGCAAAUUCUGGGUGAUGAAUACGUCUACGUUCUCGAGCAUGGCCUGGUGGUCCAGGAAGGAUAUCGCAACAAGCUUGCAGAGAAGAAGCACGGCACUUUUGCAUCUUUCUUGCCGGAAGCACAAGAACAAGAUAAUUUGCCAGUCAUAACCGAGCAACGAAGGAAAUCCGAGCCCACUUCGCCUACUGCUAGCUCUCCGCCCGGAUACUAUGAUGGGAGGAUCCCGCAGGAGGAGGACUACAUCACGAAGAUCCUUGGUAUGCAACAAGGAAGUCAGGCGGCUUUUAGCCGGGGCACAGGGCCCCAUGGUAGUCGACCACUGACACUCGGUGGUGGAGCGGCGCAGGCCUAUGCACUUCAAGCGGACAGAGUUUGGGCAACUCCUCUGCCGCAUCUCGACGACGGAGUCUUCCAGCCUUUCCAAUCCAGUAUGCUUCGACGGCCGUCUCUCAAGGAGUUUUUAUCGCCAAAGCCUACUCAACGUAAGAAGUUCGAACCGAUGCCUCCUCCACUCGCUCAAGAUGCAAUGCCGGUCCCAGGCCCAGAAGUUCCAGCCAAGACAAAAAAGACGAAGCGUCGUUCUAAACUUCCUGCAAUCCACACCGGACUCAUUGGCUCCUCUCAGCCAGUCGAACAAAUCGAACUCACGACCCAGCUUCCAGUCUCAAUUGCAGCUCCGAAUGAUGAAGAAGGCGAGAAGCCAGCAUCACUGAAGCAAAUAUUCGGCAGCAUCUGGCCGACACUCAAGUGGCGAGACCGUUUCUUUCUGGUCCUCGGAUUUGCCGCUGCUUUGGUUGUUGCAGGAGGAACACCAGCCUUCGCUUACGUCUUCGCCAAACUUUUGCAGGUUUACUACCUGGUCGAAAACCGCAACGCAGAGGCUUUGAAAUGGGCUCUGAUACUCCUCGGUAUAGCAAUCACUGAUGCUGCUGCGACAUUCACCACCCAUUAUUCCCUCGAACACGCCGGGCAGGCAUGGGUCAAUACCCUGCGAGUUGAGGCACUGAAGCGUAUAAUGGCGCAGCCGCGGUCAUGGUUCGACAAGGAGCGUAACUCCCCCCAAAGACUCAACGAGUGUUUGGAUAGAAAUGCCGAGGAGAUGCGGAAUCUUGUCGGUCGUUUCGCGGGACUAAUCUUCACGACGUUCUGGAUGAUAACGAUCUCUAUCCUCUGGUCAUUUGGCCUUGCCUGGAAACUGACUCUUGUGGCUCUCGCAUGCGCGCCGGUCAUGUAUGCCACCACAAGGCUGUUCAACUGGACCAGUGCACGUUGGGAAAGCAAAAGCAACAAGGAAUCCGACCUCGCCAGUAGCAUCUUUACAGAAACCUUCGCGAAUAUCCGCGUUGUUCGAGCCUUGACACUGGAGAGCCACUUCAAGCGUAAGUACAAUGCCGCCACAGAAGUCACAUAUCACACUGGUACCCUGCGCGGAGCCUACUCGGGUCUUUUGUUCGGUCUCUCCGAUACACUGAGCUACCUCGUCACGGCAGUGGUAUUUUACUACGGCGCCGUCCUAAUAACCCAGAACGAGCGGCCCCUGUCCGCCAUUCUAGAAGUCGUCAAUCUGCUCCUCUUCGGCAUCGCUAACGCAGUCUCAAUGCUGAGCUUCGUCCCGCAAAUCAACACCUCCCGCACAACAGCAACACACAUGCUCUACCUUGCGAACCUACCUCUCGUCCCUUCCAGCGGCGGCCACAAACGCCUUGCAACGCCCUUCCCCAUCGUCCUCAACAAUCUCUCCUUCACCUACCCCACCCGCCCGCACAUCAAGACCCUUGAUUCCGUCUCCCUGACCUUCGCAGCCGGAACAUGUACCGCCAUCGUCGGGCCCUCGGGCUCCGGAAAGAGCACCAUCGCAUCUAUCCUCCUCGGCCUCUACGCACCUGACCGCCCGCUACCCGGCCAGCCGCCUGCCUUGACAUUCGGCGGCAUCCCAAUCGAAGAAUGCAACGUCUCGUCCCUGCGCACCUACGUCUCCUUCGUCUCGCAGUCUUCCCUGCUCUUCCCAUCCUCGGUGCUCGCGAACAUCAUCUACGGAUUACCGCCCGGCUCGCCGUUCGCAAACGUACACGCUGCCGUGAUGGCUGCGAGGGAGGCCGGGAUCCACGAUUUCAUCGCGUCGCUCCCCAACGGCUACGCAACUCAGAUCGGCGAGGGUGGCAUGGGCCUCUCGGGCGGACAGGCGCAGCGAAUCGCAAUCGCCCGCGCUCUCGUGCGGAGGCCGAUGCUCUUGGUCAUGGACGAGGCCACCAGCGCCCUGGACGCUGUCUCGGCGGAUGCCAUCCGCGAGACGGUCAAGCGGCUGAUGGAUCGCGGCCGGGACAGCGCCGAGGGUGGGACGGCCGUGGUGCUCAUCAGCCACGGGUUGGACAUGAUGCGGAUCGCGGAUGAGGUCGUGGUGGUCGAGCAGGGCCGGGUGGUGGAGAGGGGCGCGUUCGACGCUCUGAGGCAGCGUGGCGGCGCGUUUAGUCGGCUGGUUGGCUACCGGAAGGCAGCAGUGGAGGGGAGGAGGAAGCCCUUGACGCCGAUUCGUGGGCGCACGAGGGAGAGUUGGGCGGCGACGAAGAGGUUCAGCUGCUGA